GUCCCUUUUUGGCCUAAUGACUGCUGUUAUAAGAUGGCUGCCAAAAAGGAAAGGAAUAACUGCUUUGGCAUUUUGGGUAAUUAAUGAGCUUACUGAGCAGCGGGGAGCUGUAGUUGGAGGUGGGGAGGGCUUUGCAAGCCUAAGGACAGUGAUGCCUUGGCACAGGCCAAGAAACACAUUUGUGAGAGAGGAGGAGGGAGCAGCCGACCACUGAAAGUCCCUGCCUGAAUAAUUUGCCAAGUAUUCUGCGUGCGUUAGGAAAAGCAGUGCAAGUACAGCGGGGAAUUCCAGCAGCCAUCCCGCUCCGCUGCAGUCACUAUUCCCUCCCCUCUCCCUCUUCCCUCCGCCUCCUGUCGUCACCUGGACACGUGUGAAGGGGAUGAAUAACAACUGAAGCUCUGUCGCGGGGCUUCAUAAUCCUGGAAUGAGCGGCCGCAUCUGUGUUGCUCCGGAGGAUGCGAUAAGCAGCCGGGAGUGGGAAAUAGUGCCCGUAAUCCCUCCCUGCCUGCCGUUCCUUCUGCCCGCCACGGGAGCAUGAAGGCUGCGUGUGUCCAGCUGCUGCUGUGGGCUCUGUGCCUGGGGACCCCGGCUGGAGGGCAACCCAAAGCACCUUUGAAGUGUCCAGUGAAGUGCAGUUUUACAAGGCCGUUACCAGAGAAGCAGAUCAGCGGCUACCGCUUGACCACCGGGCCCAGCUGCAAAAACGUCAUCAUACUUAUUACUGUGAAGUCCAGGGAGAUUUGUGCAAAUUCAAAUGAAGACUGGGUGCAGAAGAUCAAAGACAAACUGGAUGGGAAAAAGGCCACAGCGAUGCCACCACAUGCUGUCACCUCAGCAGAAGAGCCUGGUAGUAUUGAGAAACAUGUUGGUCUUCCAGAAAUGGCUCCAUCUCAAACCACUGCUCCAACUACUCUCCUCCAAGGGACUGGAACAACAGUUAGGGAGAGAAUACAAGCUCCUGCUGCCAGGACAGAGGUGUCCAGCAAGCCCCCAGUGGGCAGGCAGGACCCCACCCAGCUCCCUGCAGGAUGCAGCCCCGUGGUACAGGAGGAUGCUGCACACUCUGAGGUCACUCCAGAAGCAGAGAGAGAGUCCUCAAAUUCUCCUGCAUCCUCAGCAGCUGUUGCAGCCGGAAUGGGCUCCAGCCAGCCCACCCCACACCCCACUGUUCAAGAUACAGACUCACAUUCAGACCUGAUGCCUGCUACUAAGGGAUCAAACCAACCUGUGCUUUCUCCAGAUGGAUCCCUGGACCCUACAAGUGCCAGAGCCAGCACACCAGACACUGCUUCCAGCAGCUCUAGCUCAGAUCUCCCCUCCAUCUGGGACUGUAUGAAGGGCACAACAGUCACAGACACAGCACCACACGCUUCUUCAGUUCCUACUCUAAGCUCCACCUCUGCCAUAGACAAAGCUGCUUCUGCCCAUACCAGCAGGGGUGUUGGUACUACAACAUUUGAUCAUUCAUCACCUGUAGGGGAGCAAGAGCCUUCAGACACAGUAGUUUUUACUCACAAGGCAUUCUCAGGCGAAGCCAGAGUGCAGAUGAUCACAGUCAGGCCAAAAAAUCUGCCUCUGCCCAGCUUCUUGUCAAAGUCUCAAAUGCACUUUGUCAUCCCAGUUUCUGUGGUAUGUGGACUGAUGGCUAGCAGUGUUGUUCUUGUAUGGGUGUAUCUGAAAUUUGGAGUCAAACCAGAAGAAACUUCAAGAGAAAUGGUACAGGGCUUGCUCUACCAGCAGGCAGGACAUCAAGACAAUGUCUAUCCAAUGGAGGUAAUAUGAAUGCUUCAUGGCAUGGACAUUUCUGGCCUCAGCUGUAUGUGUGUUGCUGCAGAAAAGCUGUUCAUGCUGAACUGGUGACCAGUAGGAAGCAAGCCUGGGAAUAAAAUCACAGGUUCUUUUUGUAGAGCAGAAUGCCCAACAAUAUAUCUACUUCAUCACUGACCAAUCACAGUGUUUUGGAAAUAAGGGAGACACUUCUUUUCUCCUGGCACUGUUAUGUACAGAAGCUGUGGCUCUUCCGUUGCUGUUGGUGGCUCUGUGCCAGCUGAUGUGAUUUUCAAAGUUACAGUUGGGAAUUUUUCUGUGGUUCAUCGUGGCCCAGACAAGAAACCACUCACCCACCACACUGCUGGACUUGGGCUCAGCCACCUUGAGCAAUCUUAACAUCAAACCCACACAAUUUGCACUUAAACUCUCUGCUGCUUCUUUCUUUGCACUUCAGGUCUCUGCUGUGUCAGACCAAGCCUGACCUGGUGGCCAGCUGGGUGCUGGCUCUCCUUGGGCUGUUUGAAUUUGCUCUCAUCAUUUUCUCUUGCUGGAGACACGAGGGAUAGCCCAGCUCUUCAGAAAUAGUUGACCAACACUGCAUCUGACCAGGGGACUGAAGGUCAGUGCUACAGAUCUUAUAUGCAGAGAAGCUGGCAACCCAGAGUCCAUCUCCUCCUUGAAAUCAGGCCCUUCCUUUUAGCAGCUAUGGGUAUUUCUUCUUGCAGAUGAAUUCUGAGAGCUGGGUCUUGGCAAAUCAAUGCAAUAAACCCCUUCUGCCAGCUGAUGCACCUUGUGUCCAGCUGCAUCCAACACCAGGGCACGGUAACGCUGAGGAAUCUUCACAAAUGGGAGAAAACAAGAAGUCACCCAAUAAUUUUGCUAUUCCUGUAUUAUCAUUGGAACAUUUUUGCUGUUCUUUGCAAGCACAAAACCCAGGAACUGUGGAGCUAAAGGCAAUUCUGGAUGUAGUUAUGCAGGAUUUACUCUACCACAGCAGACAUAACAUCCUUGUGAUCCGAUUUUCUCUCUAGAAAUAAGCACAUUUGCUGAUCCUCAAAAAAAAAAACAAACCAAAAAACAAAAACAAACAAAACAAAACAAAACAACAACAACAACAAAAAAAAAACCCCAAAACACAAAAUUCCUGUUCAUGGUCCUAUACUUCAGCCACAUUUUAGUUUUUCCACUUUGGAUUGCACUGAUCACCAGGCUAUGAAAGCACUGUAACAGAACCAGGCUUUUUUUAACCCCAAACUGAUUUUGAUUUUUACACAUCCUGACAUUGCUGUACAUAAGUCUUAUGUUUUAUCUGUGGUCAAGUCCUGAAAGCCUGUAUUAAACUUUGACUCCAGGAUGAAUUCUGCUGGAGUGUGAAAAGGUCUUGAUGAUACGAUGCUUUGUAAGUAGAUACAUAUCAAGGGUCAGAUCCUAACCAACCACAGUGGAUCAGAUCCCUAAGUACAAAUAUGCAUGCAAAAAAUGAAAGGAAAAGCACAAUAAGCAAGAUCAAAAAAAAACGAUGGGCCAGCUGUAAAGCAGAGUUCAAGGAAUGUGGCCUGUUAGAUCUGUCAGAUUGCACAUUCAGGACAUUCCUCCAGCCCUGCAGGGGAGAGGACAGACUACAACUGUCUUUGCUUUCUGCCAUCUCACAUCCCUUAUUUCUGCAUUUUGUUGAGAGAUUCAUCUCGGCCUUGGCAAGUACGGGGUGCGAUCAGAUUAACUGCAAGGAUUAAUUUGGAGUGAAGUCCUUCCUUGUGCAGCAGCUCAGCUGUGGAACUCUGGUUGGGGUUGAUUUUCCUCGAGGGUAAAUCUGGCUCUGCCAGUGCCACCUCCCCAUGCGCCCCUCUUGUGCACAGCUGGAACUCAUGAGGCAAUGUACUGUGGUAUUAUUUUUAUAUGAAACACUAGAAAUGUUAUUUUUGUAAAAAAGUUUUAUAGUUUUUUGAAUGUAGGUAAUGUCCUGUCUGAGCUGCUUGGAGUCAAGACCUUUUUGGCAGCCCUGGAAAACACUGUGCCUUGUCUAUUUUGUUGCUGGUCUUAGAUGGCUUGUGCAUGUCCAUGGGAGCUGGAUCACUCUCCAGGCCCUUCAGCAGAAGGAGUGGACACUUGUCUGCUGCAGGUGAAGUGCUUGUUUUGGAGCUGGGGAGAUGGAUGUGCACUGUCAGGUCACCUGGGUCCCACCAGCCCUUGAAAGGACACUGCUUCCAGCCCCACCACCAGCUCCCAGCUGUGAUCCCACUGGAGCUCAUCAGGAGGAGCUGCUUCUGCAGGCUGGCCUGUCCUCGUGCUGUCCCUGCAGGCAGGGUGCUGGCACUCACAGGGGACAGGUGAAACCCAGGACAGGGGGACACUGCUGCUCCUCUCUCUGCAAUGGGCAGCCUGGGAGGGAGGGAGGGAGGAUGGAGUCUGUGGGUGUCACCAUUUCUGGGGGUUAAAGUACCACUUGCUAUAGAGCACAGUGACUGUUACAAGCUCCAGCUUAUUUGUAUAUUGAGUGUAUGCAUGAGAUAUGAGUUGUACAUUUUUAUAGAAGUAAAGGUAAUAAAGUCCUUAUGUUAAAAACUUUCAUCCUCAGGGGAUUGAGCCUUGAGCUGUUUUACCAAGUCUGGUCCCUGCAGAGAUGAACACCUAUGACUGAGCACUGUGGAAA